UACCGCCUCCUCAUGAGUGUCCCACAGCCUGUGGUGAAGUCGGGCAAUGCUCAGCCCGCAGGUGACAGAGAGAAGAACCAGGACCAGAAACCUUCCUCUUCUGUCAGCCGGAGCCUCACCAUUGAUGAUUUUGACAUCGGGCGUCCUCUGGGCAAGGGAAAAUUUGGGAAUGUGUACCUGGCUCGGCUCAAGGAAAGCCACUUCAUUGUGGCUCUGAAAGUCCUCUUCAAGUCCCAGCUCGAGAAGGAAGGAAUGGAACACCAGCUGCGCAGAGAAAUUGAAAUCCAGGCGCAUCUACAACACCCCAAUAUCCUACGCCUGUACAACUAUUUCCAUGAUGCACGUCGUGUGUACCUGAUUCUGGAAUACGCUCCAAGGGGUGAGCUCUACAAGGAACUGCAAAGGAACCACACUUUAGAUGAGCGCCGUACAGCCACGAUAAUGGAGGAGUUGGCAGAUGCCCUGACCUACUGCCAUGAGAAUAAGGUGAUUCACAGGGAUAUUAAGCCAGAGAACCUGCUGCUGGGAUUUAGGGGUGAAGUGAAGAUUGCAGACUUUGGGUGGUCUGUGCACACUCCCUCGCUGAGGAGAAAGACAGUGUGCGGGACUCUGGACUACUUGCCCCCAGAAAUGAUCGAGCAGAAAACAUACAAUGAGAAGGUAGACCUGUGGUGCAUUGGAGUUCUCUGCUACGAGUUGCUGGUAGGAAAUCCACCCUUUGAGAGCACCUCCUAUUCUGAGACCUACAGGCGCAUCCUCAAGGUUGACUUCAGGAUUCCUCCAUCAAUACCUUUGGGGGCCCAGGACUUGAUCAGCAAGCUUCUCAGAUACCAGCCUUCAGAGCGGCUGCCAUUGGUUGAGAUCCUGCAGCAUCCCUGGGUUCGGGCCCACUCUCGGAGGGUGAUUCCUCCCUCUGCUCAGAUGGCUUCCUGA